AUGGGUUUUGAUGCUACCUAUAAGAGGAAUAAGUAUAUGUGUCCAUUGGUGGUAUUUUCUGGUAUCAAUCAUCACAAUCAAACAAUUAUCUUUGCUGCUGUUUUAAUUUGCGAUGAGGAAAAAGACACAUAUAGGUGGUUGCUACAACAACUGAAGGUGGCAAUGAAUGGGAAACCACAUGUUUCGGUUAUCACGGAUGGUGAUCUAUCAAUGAAGUUCGCCAUUGAAAAAGAGUUUCCUAAUGCACAUCAUAGAUUAUAUGCAUGGCAUCUGAUUCGCAAUGCAACUAGUAACAUUGGCAAGCCCCAGUUUACCUCCAUGUUUAAAAAGUGUAUGCUAUGUGACUUUGAAAUUGAUGUAUUUCGUCAAAAGUGGUUUGAAAUGGUAGAGGGAUUUGGUGUAGAAAACAAGAAUUGGGUCCUAGAUAUGUAUAAAAAGAGACAUUCAUGGGCAACUGCACAUAUAAGAGGGAAGUUUUUUGCUGGUUUUCGGACUACUUCUCGGUGCGAGGGAUUAAACUCAAUCAUUGCAAAGUAUGUCAAUUCAAGGCACAAUCUGGUUGAGUUCAUUCAACGCUUUAAUCGAUGUGUCGACCAUAUAAGGUGGAAAGAGGUCCAGGCUGACCUCACAUCUGUGAAUGGGAGACCCAGUAUGCAAACCUAUUUUCAACAGUUAGAGAGGAGUGCUGCCAAUGUUUACACCCUAUCAGUAUUUUAUAUGUUCCAACCAAUCUUUGUACAAGCUGCAUCAAUGAAGGUAAUAAAUAUGAAGCAAACUGGCUCUUAUGUGAUUUACUCUAUCGGUUUGGACCGAAUGCCAAAUGAGAUGUGGCGUGUAUUCUGUUGUGACAUUGAGAUGGAAUUCAAUUGUUCAUGUAUAAGAAUGGAAUCAUUUGGCAUACCUUGUGAACACAUAGUUUGCGUGUUGGUGCAUGAAGAUAUAGAAGAGUUGCCAAGGUCAUUAGUCUUGCCUCGGUGGACCAAGACUGCCAAAGUAGGUUUGCAAAAUGCAGUCGGAUUUCAGUGGGAUUCUUUGAUGCUAAGUCAAUAUGGUUGUUUGAUGGAUUGGUUUAGACAACUAGCCAACUUUGCUUGUCAAGAUAACAAGAGAUUUAUCUUUACACGGGAAAUGGCUAUGAAUUUGUUGAAACAAUUUAAGGAGGAAGAUGCAGCACAAAAAGAGUUGGUCAAUGAUGCAGAUAGUGUAAGAGAUGAUGUGCAAGUGAAUGCUUUUGGAACUGGGCUUGCAACCAAUGAUCUGGGACAUAGUAUGCCAAGGGACCCAAAAAAAUGUAGGAUAAAAGGGGGGCUUCAUAGUCCAAUAAAAGAAAACAUCGAUGUGGACAGUGUGGCAUGGAGGGCCACAAUCGAACAACUUGUCGUGUUCGUCGUGGCAUUUCACAGUUAG